CGGUGAGAUCAGGCUUGACACACGUGGCUCUGUUAUUGUGGGGCGAGAUCGGAUAGAACUGAACCUGAGUUUUGUUUUCAGAGUCCGCCGGGACUGAAUGUGGUUCAUUAUGUGCGAUGGAAUGCUUGAAAAACUGGUUUCAUGAGUAGUUAUGCAUGAUCUAACACUGGCCAUUUUAUACACCUGUAGAACUGGAUUCUGUGGCAGUUAUGUCUAAUACAGAUUGUGUUUUGAGCCACAACUGGCAGUGCUCCGGAGUCACUCCUGGCGGUGCCUGGGGACCUGCAGCAUUCAAGUCGAGCACCUUAAACCCUGUAAUUAUACAUCACUUUUGAGGGGAAAUAUGAUGGGCCACACCCUGCUCUAUACUUAGGGGUCACACGCAUGCAAGGCAAGUGCCUUGACCCUUGUACUCUCUUGCGAUUUCCUUUCUUUAAAUAAAGGCUUCUAUCAAAACUAGCCUAACCGAAGAAUGAAUAUGAAAUACUAGAGAUCUUUCAUAGGUAAGAAGUUACUGCUCGGGUCAGGGAGAUAGUUCAAACGGUUAAAGCCUAUGUCUGGCAUGCAAGUGUCUCCGUUCCAUCCCUAUGCCACAUGGCCCCUGAACACUGCCCCAGAACGACCCCUGCAAUCCAGCCAGCAGCGCCAAGCACUAUUGGGAGUGGUACUCUUCCCUUUUGCCCCCACAGAAACUAAAGAGUUUGUUUUAUUUGUUUUGGGACAACAACCAGCUGUGCUCAGAGACUGCUUCCAGGGUACUCAGAGAUUGAAUCUAGGCCUCUCAUGCAAAAUAUGACCUAGCCCUAAAAAAGUUUUGUUAAUGUAUCAAAAGAAGUUUAAACUACAAUUUAGCCUACAGGGGUUAAUGUCCUUUUUGGUUUUUUGUUUUAUUUUUAGGCCACACUGGGCUAUGCUCAGAGAUUACUCCUGGUAGUGCUCUGAGACCAUAUCGGAUGCCAGGGAUUGGCACCAGUCAGCUGUGUGCCUAGCAAGGGCCCUACCAGCUUUGCUAUUGAUCCAGCCCCAAGGCACAUAUUUUGUAUGUGCAGUGGACCCAGGUUCGCUAUCCAGCACUGUAGAGUCCCUGAAUAUGUGCCCCCACCCCCAAAUUCUGAGCACCAUGAGACGUGGCUUCACAGCACCAUCUCAGGGCCUGAGAGCAUUGUGUCCUGAGCCUUCAAGCCUCCUAGCACUGCUGGUCAGGUGUUCCCCCACACACACCCCUAAGAAGUUCAGGUGUCACAGACUGGAGCUAUAGUACAGCGGCUAGGGUGCUUGCCUUGCAUGCCAUUGACUCAUGUUUGACUCCUGGCAUCCUGUAUGGUCCCCAAGCCCUGCCAGGGGUGGUCCCUGAGUGCCGAGCCAGGAGUAACCCUUGAGCACUUCCUGGUGAGGACCAAAACAAAAGAAAUUUUGUUAUCAGUAGUAUUCAUUAGAAAUAGGAUGGCUGGAGUCUACCUGUUGCUGUAAACAGUAAAUACAUGCUAUAGUAUAAGAGUAAAGGAGAUGGCUUGGAAGCAGUUCAUUGGAGGCUACUUAGGAGAGAAGAGAGAUGGUGCAGGCGAGGAAGGAGGUUGUUCCCUCAAGAGCUGUGUCUCUUGCUUUAGGGAUUACACAGAUUUGUCUAGCUUUCUCCCUGCUGUAUUUAUAUGGAUUGUGCAUAGUGGACAGUGUACAAAAGCAAGGGAAACUGAGGCUACCUUAAUUCUUUAGUCAUCAAGAAGCUGUAAGGCAUGCGUGGUGUGGUGCUCCAUCUUGGCUUUGCCUUCCCAGGAACUGCCCGUUUUUGAAAGAGGAACCAGAAGAAAGACCGGUCAUCUUUUGCCAGUCUCAGAAUCAUGGCUCAGGCGUCCGUGUCAUUUAAAGAUGUUACUGUGGACUUUAGUCGUGAGGAGUGGCAGCACUUGGAUCCUGCUCAGAAGACUCUGUAUAUGGAUGUGAUGUUGGAAAACUAUUGCCACUUUGUUUCUGUGGGGUGUCACAUGAACAAGCCUGAUGUAAUCCUCAAAUUGGAAAGAGGAGAGGAACCAUGGGCAUCAUUUGCAGGUCAUAUGUGCUUAGAAGAAAAUCGGAAAGCUGAAGACUUUUUAGUGAAAUUCAAGGAACACUACAAUAAGUACUCUCGCUCAGUUAUAUACAUCAACCCCAAAUCAUUGAUUAAGGAGAACAGCAGUGCAUUUGAAAAGACACUAAUAUCAGGCAAAAACCCCAUUCAUUCCAAAAGUCUUCCUCCUGAAUAUGACACUCACGGAAAGAUUUUUAAAAAUGUUUCAGAAUUAAUUAUCAGUAAUAUUAACCCCACUAGAAAGAGACUUAGUGAGUAUAUCGGCUAUAGACAACCACUUCUCAGUACUAACCCAGAAACAGCGCACUCAGGAGUCAAAUUCCACGGUCAGUGCGGCAGGGCUCUCAGUCAUAAUGAACUCCUUUUGCAGUAUCAUAAGAUGGAAACUCCGGCACAGUCACUUGUAUACAAUGACUAUGAGAAAUCCUUCCUUAAAAAAGGAACUUACAGACGGGGAAACCCAUCUGAAUUUAAUAAAAAGAGAAGAGCAACAAAUGUUGAGAAAAAACAUAUAUGCGCCGAAUGUGGGAAAUCUUUCUGCAGGAAGUCAGUAUUGAUUCUGCAUCAGGGAAUUCACACAGAGGAAAAGCCAUACCAGUGUCACCAAUGUGGCAAUGCAUUUAGAAGAAAGUCAUAUCUCAUCGAUCAUCAAAGAACACACACAGGAGAGAAACCCUUUGUUUGUAAUGAAUGUGGCAAGUCCUUCCGCCUAAAGACAGCUCUCACUGAUCAUCAAAGAACACAUACAGGGGAAAAAUCCUAUGAAUGUCCACAGUGUCAGAAUGCCUUCAGAUUGAAGUCCCACCUUAUUCGUCAUCAAAGAACUCAUACGGGAGAGAAACCUUAUGAAUGUAACAACUGUGGCAAGUCCUUCCGUCAAAAAACAACACUUUCUCUGCACCAGAGAAUUCACACAGGAGAAAAGCCCUAUAUUUGUAAAGAAUGUGGGAAGUCCUUCCACCAGAAGGCGAACCUUACUGUCCAUCAAAGAACUCAUACAGGGGAAAAACCCUACAUUUGUAACGAAUGUGGGAAAUCCUUCUCACAGAAGACAACCUUGGCUCUUCAUGAGAAAACUCAUAAUGAGGAGAAACCUUACAUUUGUAAUGAAUGUGGCAAGUCCUUCCGCCAAAAGACAACCCUUGUAGCACAUCAGAGAACACAUACAGGGGAAAAAUCUUAUGAAUGCCCUCACUGUGGGAAGGCCUUUAGAAUGAAGUCAUACCUCAUUGAUCAUCACAGAACUCACACCGGAGAGAAACCAUAUGAAUGUAAUGAGUGUGGGAAAUCCUUCAGUCAGAAAACUAAUCUCAAUCUGCACCAGAGAAUUCAUACAGGGGAGAAACCCUAUAUUUGUACUGAAUGUGGAAAGUCUUUUCGCCAGAAAGCAACCCUUACUGUACAUCAGAAAAUACAUACAGGCCAGAAAUCCUAUGAAUGUCCUCAGUGUGGCAAAGCCUUUAGCAGAAAGUCAUAUCUCAUUCAUCAUCAACGAACUCAUACAGGAGAGAAACCGUAUAAAUGUAAUGAAUGUGGGAAGUGCUUCCGCCAGAAGACAAAUCUCAUUGUACAUCAGAGGACACACACAGGGGAGAAACCUUAUAUUUGUAACGAGUGUGGUAUAUCCUUCAGUUAUAAGAGAAACCUCAUUGUUCAUCAGAGAAUUCACAAGGGAGAAAACCUAGAAAUAGUUCACUGCGGCCCGACGUUACGUCUCGAUGUCGUGGCGAGACCGUUCGCGCGCGGACCCGGACGCGACCAAGCGGAGGCCGGAGAAGAAUCUAGAGAAACGAGAGCAACUUGGGUAGUUCUCAAAGCCAUGGCCCAGGGGUUGGUGACGUUCAGGGAUGUGGUGGUGGAGUUCUCUCAGGAAGAAUGGAAGUGCCUGAAACCAGCCCAGAGGGACUUGUAUAAGGAUGUGACUUUGGAGAACUUCAGCAACUUAGUCUCAUUAGGACUUUCCAUUCCUAAGCCUGAUGUCAUCUCCUUAUUAGAGCAAGGGAGAGAACCCUGGAUGUCUGCAAAUGGGUCCUGGUGCCCAGAUUUGGAGUCCAGGUGUGAGAAAUUGUCACCAAAAGAAAAUUUUAAAGUACAGCCAUUCAGUUGGGAAAUAAAGGAACGCUUUACAUACUGUGAUUUGGAGGGCUCCAGUUUUAGGGAUGACUGGGGAUAUAAAGGCCAGAUUUCCAGACAAGCAAAUCCAGACUAUUUUAAGCAAAUAAAACUCCCCUAUGACAGCAUGCCUAUGAAUGAGCGUCACACAUCCCUGAUUACCCUACGUCAGAGGAAUUUGACUGGUGAGAAACGGAUCAAGUGUAGUGAAUGUGGGAGACUAUUUAACCGUGGUUCACAUCUUAUUCAGCAUCAGAAAACUCACACUGGUGAAAAGCCCUUUGAAUGUAAAGAAUGUGGGAAGGCCUUCAGCCGGGCCUCACACCUUGUUCAGCAUCAUCGAAUUCACACCGGGGAGAAACCCUAUGACUGUAAGGACUGUGGGAAGGCUUUUGGGCGCACUUCGGAACUUAUUCUACAUCACAGACUUCAUACCGGUGUCAAGCCCUAUGAAUGUAAGGAAUGCGGGAAGACUUUCAGACAGCAUUCCCAGCUCAUUCUGCACCAAAGAACUCAUACCGGGGAGAAACCCUAUGUAUGUAAAGACUGUGGGAAGGCUUUUAUUCGUGGCUCACAACUAACUGUUCAUCGGAGAAUUCAUACAGGCGCUAGACCCUACCAGUGUAAAGAAUGUGGGAAAGCCUUUAGACAGCAUUCACAGCUCACCGUCCAUCAAAGAAUUCAUACGGGCGAGAAACCCUAUGAAUGUAAGGAGUGUGGGAAGGGCUUUAUUCAUAGCUCAGAAGUGACUCGGCAUCAAAGAAUUCAUUCGGGGGAGAAGCCCUAUGAAUGUAAGGAAUGUGGGAAGGCCUUCCGACAGCAUGCACAGCUUACUCGCCAUCAAAGAGUUCACACAGGUGACAGGCCCUAUGCAUGUAAGGACUGUGGGAAAGCCUUUAGUCGUAGCUCGUACCUCAUUCAACAUCAAAGAAUCCAUACGGGUGACAAGCCCUAUGAAUGUAAGGAAUGUGGGAAGGCCUUCAUUCGUGUGUCCCAGCUGACUCAUCACCAGCGAAUCCAUACCUGUGAGAAACCCUAUCAGUGCCGGGAAUGUGGAAUGGCCUUUAUUCGUAGUUCACAACUUACUGAACAUCAGAGAAUUCAUCCUGGUAUCAAACCUUAUGAAUGCAAAGAAUGUGGCCAGGACUUUAUUCUUGGCUCACAGCUCAUUGAACACUACAGACUCCAUACCGGUUAGAAAUCCUUCAUAGAAAACCCUGAUGCACAGUUCACUCCCGACUCACAAUUCCGUCACGUCUAAUAUAAGGUACUUCAUGUCAGAAAGCUUUCAUUUGUCGGGGCUGGAGUGAUAGCACAGCGGGUAGGGAGUUUGCCUUGCACGCAGCCAACCUGGGUUCGAUUCCUAGCAUCCCAUAUGGUCCCCUGAGCACCGCCAGGGGUAAUUCCUGAGUGCAGAGCCAGGAGUGGUGACCCCUGUGCAUCGCCGGGUGUGAUCCCCCCCCAAAAAAAAAAAAGCUUUCAUUUGUCACUUCCAUUAUGAAAAUUCAGUUAAUUCAUGACAGAAGAAAAUUCAAUAAAUAUGGAAAUUUCA